GGCUCUGAGCUGAGACCCUCCCGGUGUGUGACGGGGACAGAGAAAGAAUACUUGGAUCCCGGUGACAGCACAGACCGGGCACCGCACCAGCACAGACCGGGCACCGCACCAGCACAGACCGGGCACCGCACCAGCACAGACCGGGCACCGCACCACCACAGACCGGGCACCGCACCACCACAGACCGGGCACCAGGAUGAUCGCCGCACAGCUCCUGGCCUAUUACUUCACUGAGCUGAAGGAUGAUCAGGUCAAGAAGAUUGAUAAGUAUUUGUACGCCAUGCGCCUGUCAGAUGAGACCUUACUGGAUAUCAUGUCUCGGUUCAGAAAAGAAAUGGCUAAUGGAUUAUCAAGGGACACAAAUCCAACAGCAAUUGUGAAGAUGCUUCCAACAUUUGUGAGAUCAAUUCCUGAUGGGACGGAAAAGGGAGAUUUUAUUGCUCUAGACCUGGGAGGGUCUAAUUUUCGGAUCCUGAGAGUGAAGGUUUCACAUGAGAAGAAGCAGACGGUUCAGAUGGAGAGUGAGAUUUACGAUACUCCAGAGGACAUUAUACACGGAAGCGGCACCAGGCUUUUUGAUCACGUUGCUGAAUGUCUUGGAAACUUCAUGGAGAAGAAGCAGAUAAAAGACAAGAAGCUUCCAGUCGGCUUCACCUUCUCUUUCCCGUGCCAGCAAACUAAGUUAGAUGAGGGAAUAUUGCUGACAUGGACAAAGCGAUUUAAAGCGAGUGGGGUGGAGGGAGCAGAUGUGGUGAAACUACUGAACAAGGCUAUCAAGAAACGAGGGGACUAUGAUGCUGAUAUUAUGGCGGUGGUAAACGAUACUGUGGGCACCAUGAUGACCUGUGGUUUUGAUGACCAGCGGUGUGAAGUCGGGAUAAUCAUAGGUACUGGGACUAACGCCUGCUACAUGGAGGAGCUGAGACACAUUGAUCUAGUGGAAGGAGAUGAAGGACGCAUGUGUAUCAAUACGGAGUGGGGGGCGUUCGGUGAUGACGGCUUAUUGGAAGAUAUCAGAACAGAGUUUGACAGAGAAAUUGACCGAGGAUCCAUGAACCCAGGAAAGCAGCUGUUUGAAAAGAUGGUUAGUGGAAUGUACAUGGGCGAACUUGUCCGGCUUAUUCUGGUGAAAAUGGCCAAAGAAGGACUUUUGUUUGAAGGCAGAAUCACCCCAGAACUCUUGACCAGGGGGAAGUUUGAAACCAAACACGUGUCAGCCAUUGAAAAGAGUAAAGAAGGACUGAGCAAAGCCAAAGAAAUACUGACCAAGCUGGGUGUGGAGCCAUCCCAUGAAGACUGCAUUGCGGUGCAGCAUGUAUGCACAAUUGUGUCCUUCCGCUCUGCAAAUCUUAUUGCUGCUACAUUGGGAGCCAUUCUAAUCCGUCUGCGGGACAAUAAAGGGGUUCCCAGGCUACGAACCACAGUGGGCAUCGAUGGAUCCCUCUAUAAGAUGCAUCCACAAUAUUCCAGGCGACUACAUAAAACUGUGAGACGUUUGGUCCCUGACUCAGACGUCCGCUUCCUGUUGUCUGAGAGUGGAAGUGGAAAAGGAGCUGCUAUGGUGACAGCGGUGGCUUACCGGCUUGCUGAGCAGAGGAGGCAAAUGGAUGAAACCCUUGAGACGUUUAAUUUGAGUCACGAACAGUUGUUGGAGGUGAAGAAGAGGAUGCGCAUAGAGAUGGAAAAUGGGCUGAGGAAAAAGACACACGAAGUAGCAAAGGUCAAAAUGUUGCCAACAUUUGUACGAAGUACUCCGGAUGGCUCAGAAAAUGGAGAUUUUCUAGCAUUGGAUCUUGGUGGAACAAACUUCAGAGUUUUGCUUGUCAAGAUACGAAGUGGUAAAAGGAGAAUGGUGGAAAUGCACAAUAAAAUCUACGCCAUUCCUACUGAUGUUAUGCAGGGCACUGGGGAAGAGCUGUUUGAUCACAUCGUACACUGCAUAUCUGACUUCCUGGAUUACAUGGGGAUAAAAGGAGCUCGGCUUCCCCUGGGAUUCACCUUUUCAUUCCCGUGCAAGCAGACCAGUUUAGAUGCGGGCAUCCUUCUGACGUGGACCAAAGGAUUCAAGUCAACUGAUUGUGAGGGGGAAGACGUGGUGUCUCUGCUAAGAGAAGGAAUUAAGAGAAGAGAAGAGUUUGACUUGGACGUGGUCGCCAUAGUGAAUGAUACAGUUGGGACAAUGAUGACUUGUGCAUAUGAGGAUCCAAACUGUGAAAUUGGUCUUAUUGUAGGUACUGGCAGCAAUGCUUGCUACAUGGAGGAGAUGAAGAACGUAGAGAUGGUGGACGGCGACCAGGGCAGGAUGUGCGUAAACAUGGAGUGGGGCGCAUUCGGGGACAAUGGCUGCCUAGACGAUAUCCGCACGGUCUAUGAUAAAGCAGUUGAUGAAUUGUCAUUAAAUUCAGGAAAACAAAGAUACGAGAAGAUGAUCAGUGGGAUGUAUCUGGGAGAAAUUGUCCGAAAUAUUCUCAUGGACUUCACAAAAAGAGGAUUUCUGUUUAGAGGUCAGGUCUCUGAAGCACUGAAAACUAGAAGCAUCUUCGAAACCAAAUUUCUAUCACAAAUUGAGAGGUAUGUCCAGGAACGCUUGAUCUCACCUCUUGCGCUCUAUCAAUUUAGCCGUUGCUCUGUUCCACAUUUAUGUUUGUUACACAUAUCUAUAUACAGAGCCGUUACCUGACUACUAAUUGUUUAGGUUAUUACACACACACAUAUAUCUAUAUACAGAGCCGUUACCUGACUACUAAUUGUUUAGGUUAUUACACACACACAUAUAUCUAUAUACAGAGCCGUUACCUGACUACUAAUUGUUUAGGUUAUUACACACACAUAUAUCUAUAUACAGAGCCGUUACCUGACUACUAAUUGUUUAGGUUAUUACACACACACAUAUAUCUAUAUACAGAGCCGUUACCUGACUACUAAUUGUUUAGGUUAUUACACACACACACAUAUAUCUAUAUACAGAGCCGUUACCUGACUACUAAUUGUUUAGGUUAUUACACACACACAUAUAUCUAUAUACAGAGCCGUUACCUGACUACUAAUUGUUUAGGUUAUUACACACACACAUAUAUCUAUAUACAGAGCCGUUACCUGACUACUAAUUGUUUAGGUUAUUACACACACACACAUAUAUCUAUAUACAGAGCCGUUACCUGACUACUAAUUGUUUAGGUUAUUACACACACACAUAUAUCUAUAUACAGAGCCGUUACCUGACUACUAAUUGUUUAGGUUAUUACACACACACAUAUAUCUAUAUACAGAGCCGUUACCUGACUACUAAUUGUUUAGGUUAUUACACACACACAUAUAUCUAUAUACAGAGCCGUUACCUGACUACUAAUUGUUUAGGUUAUUACACACACACAUAUAUCUAUAUACAGAGCCGUUACCUGACUACUAAUUGUUUAGGUUAUUACACACACACACAUAUAUCUAUAUACAGAGCCGUUACCUGACUACUAAUUGUUUAGGUUAUUACACACACACAUAUAUCUAUAUACAGAGCCGUUACCUGACUACUAAUUGUUUAGGUUAUUACACACACAUAUAUCUAUAUACAGAGCCGUUACCUGACUACUAAUUGUUUAGGUUAUUACACACACAUAUAUCUAUAUACAGAGCCGUUACCUGACUACUAAUUGUUUAGGUUAUUACACACACACAUAUAUCUAUAUACAGAGCCGUUACCUGACUACUAAUUGUUUAGG